UGCCAUAAGAGGGUAAAAACAGCAGGGCGCGAAAGGGAGCCUUCACAACACGGAGCCAUCUGCAUGCUAAGACUGAGGUCGAGGAGGAGCAUGAGUACGGAGUAAGCUGUAGUCCUGGAAAGAGCUCGCCUAGAGGAAUAAAUCAUCACCGCUCUGGGAAUUACGGGAAACGCUGACAGAGUUAAAAGGGAGAGAGAGAGAAAAAGAGAGCGAGAGAGAGAGAGAGAGAAAGAGAGAGAGAGAGAGCUGGCCAAGUGGAGGCGCAGGGAGAGAGGAGAGGACAAUAAGGUUAGUGAGACAGCAAGGUGAGAGUCUACCACCCACAGAGCAAAGACUCCAACAGACACUGGCUUUAUCGCAGCCAGUCACGCUGGUCCGGAGCUGCACAGGCGCUAAUCAUCACAAAAACGCAGUGGCAGUGCCACACACAGUGUAUUUAUGGAAUACACACAGAGGCGCAUGAUUCACAGCGCAAACUAAGAGAGUUUAGACUGUAGCAGGAAGGCAUAGAGGGUCUUGGAUGACCGAGGAGCAAGACUGAGCUUGAAUCAAAGAAGGAGUGAGGUUAGGUGUUGUGCCUCAGUUUAUUAGUGAAGAUCCAUCAUCAGACUGGAACUCCAUGUUUCUGCUGAUGCAGAGCUCCCGAACUGAACAACCAGACCUGUUUUCAUUUCUUUCUUAGGCACAAUCCCAGUGCCUAAUGUGGAGCAUCUACGAAUGAAGGAGCUGAGUCCAUCUUCAAACUGAGGCCUUCGGUACCUUUAAACACUGAACUAAAUACAUCAGUGCUGAUAUUCCUUUGGCGGACCAUAUCCAUCGUUUCAAAAAUACUACCUUUACUCUGAUAUUUGAGCUACACACCACUGCACACACUCUCAGAGCCUCAAGAACCACGUUUUGCACAAGCCCAGAGUGGGAUGGGACCCUUUCACUGAGGAGCCGAGUGAAGGACUGCCCUCUGACCCUGCAGUAUGUUGCCUUGGCUUGGGGCAAGAGGGCCACUGCUGCCCCUGCUCCUGAGCCUAUUGCUGACCGCCUGCUCCGCACAAGACAGCCAGGAGAGUCUGGAGCUCCAGGAAGAGAGCACAGAAACUCCUGAAACUGUGUCCUCAGACAUGGCAAUAGUCAGCCCCCACAGAACCUGGAUAGUCUUCAGGGACAAUUCAAACAAGAGUGGAAACAAGAAGCCCAAACUAAAUAAAAGGACCUCAAAGCAUGGCCUACCUGGUCCUCCAGGCCCUCCAGGGCCCCAGGGUCCUCCUGGUCCUCCCGGGCCCCUGCUGCCUAACCAAGAUGAGAUAAUGGAGGACCUUCAGUUAAAGCUAAAAGAGAUGGUAGGGUCCAACUGCUUGCUCUGCGAUCAGCCCCCCCUUGUGGCCAUGGCCUUCCACUGCCACCUGCGCCGUGACCUGCUGGUGCACCGCCGAAGCCUGCAGGAGCUCCAGCCCUACAGCAGCCCGUCGGACACGGAGCGGUUCCACCAGCGGGGCCAGGGUUUCAACGCUAGCAGUGGCCGCUACACGGCACCCGUGUCUGGGUUCUACCAGCUCACUGCCAGCCUGGUGCUGGAAUCCAGUGAGACUCAGAAGAGGUCCCAGGCCAGGCAAAAGGACAGUGUAAAGGCUUCCAUUUGUAUAGAGUCUCUCUGUCAGACCAAUGUCUCCCUGGAGACAGUAACAGGCGUGAGCCCUACAGGGGGAGUGUUCAGCAUCCUUCUGACAGGAACUUUGUACCUACAGGCUGGAGAGUAUGUAUCUGUUCUUAUAGACAAUGGAACAGGCUCUGCACUAACUGUUCUCCAAGACACUUUAUUUUCUGGGAUUCUUCUUGGAGUAUGAAAACUCACUCACACACACACACACACACACACACACAAACAAACAACAACAAAAAAAUGCACACACAAAUACAUACACCACAAACAGUUGUCAUUCUUUGCCAUCCAAGUGGUCUCCAGAAACACAUUUCUUUGCCUCUAAGACAGGAGUAUAUCAGCAGUAAUAAUUAUGGCAGGGGGAGGACUAAGAGGGUGCAAAAAUUAUUUGUAAAAUUGUUACCAGGGCAACAGGACAAUAUUUUGAAACAUUUAAACUUCUGUUUAUAGAGAUGUACGUAUUUUUCCAUGUGCUGUGUUUAUAUAUUACAACUAAACAGGGUAAAGAAACUUUAUAUAUUUAUUUGCAUUUUUGAAAAACAGUUGUUAAGCGUGAAAUUGAAUAAUAAAACUAUUUGAAACCUCCCUAAUAUGGGACUGAAGUUCUCAAAGUGUGGUAAUUUAAUGUACUUAUUUUUCCUUUAUUUUUCUGACAUCUGAAAAGCUUUUAAGAAUCUGAAGGCUGCCCUACCAAUGAAACUCAUACUGUUUAUUCGCAUUAGUAUUUUAUUCCUUCAAAUGAGUUCAAAGCUUUGCAUGGGGGGCAAACUGCUUAUAUGAGAGUGUAAGUGUGUUUUAUGUCUAUGGCUUGUACACUUGUGUUUGGCUUUUUGUGUGUUUUGUGGUUUAGCCUGACACGAUGUUAACAGAUACCCGCUGGGAGUGGGGCUUC